CACAUCUCACCUGCUUCUCUGCUGCGUCUGCGUCGCUAGCUCCUUCUCAUUCAUCUCAUCUCUCCCCGCCAUGCCCUUCCCCCUGUCCCUGUGCCAGCGCCACCCCCGCUACGCCGUCCUCCUCGCCGUCCUCCUCCUCGCCACCUUCUUCCUCCUCUCCCCCGACGACCCGCUCUUCGUCACCACACACCGCCCGCGCCCCGCGCCCCUCGCCGACCGCACCCUCCCCGCGCGCGUCGCCCAUGCAGAGGCCGCCUACCAGCGCACCAUCGCCCGCCGCCAGGACAUGAUCAAGAAGUUCGGGCCCAGCCCAAAUCAGGUCGUCAUGUUCCCCCCAGAUCGCGAGCCCUGGCCUGCGUACACCGUCUGGGACUUCUUCCCGGCGGUGUUCAAUUGCCCGCACGAGGUCGAGCGCAUCGGCUCGCUGGGCGACGGCGGGCAGUGGGUGUGCGGCAUCGAGCGCAUCACGGACAAGCCGGACUGCGUGAUCUACUCGUUCGGCCUCGACUGGGACUCGUCGUUCGAGGCCGAGCUGCUCUCGCGCACGGGCCACUGCGAGGUGUGGGGCUACGACUACGUCGCGCCCGGCUUCGGGCGCGCCGUCACGCGCGGGCUGCGGCCGCGGACGCACUUUGCGCGGCUCGGGCUCGGCGCGUCGGACAGCCACGGGCCCGCCGACGAGCCGAAGAUGUGGACGCUCCGCAGCCUGAUGAAGGCGAACGGCCACGACCACAUCGACCUGCUGCACAUCGACAUCGAGGGCUGGGAAUUCGAGGUGCUGCGGAGCAUGGUGCGCGACUUUCGCGCGGCGGAGGGCGCGCUGCCGUUCGGGCAGCUGCUGAUCGAGAUGCACAUCUGGCACCAGCGGUUCGGCGAGUUCCUGGCGUUCUGGGAGAUGCUGGAGGCGGUGGGGCUGCGGCCGUUCCGCUCGGAGGUGAAUCUGGUGUAUGCGAACUAUAACCGCCAGAGCGGCGUCGAGCUCGCGACGUAUUCGUUCCUCAACCUGCGCGGGAGCAACGUGUUCGUGACGGACGGCGCGGCUGCGGAGGACGCGCUGCCCGAGGCGGAGGGGGCGCGAGAGGCGGGCGAGCCGGACGUGCGGAUGAUCCGUCAUGCGACGGUCGCUGUGGAGCCGUGA